AAUGGUGUUCACCGCUUGGUACCUGAGCCGGUCGUCAGAACCCACCAGACCGCAAUACACCCUUCUCUAUUCAGAAUCCGACGUCCAGGGGUGUGUGAAGGAGUCUCCAGCCUGCCUGAGCCAAAGUGGAGAUGGCAACUCUCCAGCGGGCGGGCCCCGCCUGAGCCUUUCUAGGGCUGUUCCUCCUUGCUUUGCGUGGGCCGUCGGGGCGGAUUCAUCUCGGUUGGUGCUUUGCUCGGCGGCAGCGCCCUUGCGCUAGGUUCCCUCCCUUCCCAAAGGCAGCUCAGGGCAAUGGGGGAGAAGGCGGGAGCGCCAGGCGCCUGGGAAAGAACAGGCGCUCAGUUGGAGGCGGGCACGGCGACUUGCACAGAGCGACACCGCCGCCGGGGAAGCCAGCCAGGGCCGCCGUCGCCCAGCGCAGGUGGCCGCAGGAGAGCCGCAUCAGGUCCUUCAGCUCAACCGGGACAGUCAUCGGAAGCCCAUAACCUCCAGGCAGUAUGAUCCCAGUGGCCGAAUUCAAGCAGUUCACAGACCAGCAGCCUGCUUUCAAGGUUCUCAAGCCAUGGUGGGAUGUGCUGGCUGAGUACAUCACUAUAGCCAUGCUGAUGAUAGGAGUUUUUGGCUGUACUUUGCAAGUGACACAAGAUAAGAUUAUCUGCCUUCCCAACCAUGUUCCCAGUGGCACAGCCUUCACUGAUGUAACGUGUGAAGAUUUCACCAAAAAGAGAACCAAUGCCUCUGAGCCAGUUGGGUCCUCCUCCAACCGGCAAAUGAGUGGACUACGGAACAACCUGGACCUCCAACAGUACAACUACAUCAAUCAGAUGUGCUAUGAGACAGCCCUCCAUUGGUAUGCCAAGUACUUCCCAUACCUUGUUGUUAUCCACACCCUUGUCUUUAUGGUGUGUGCCUCAUUUUGGUUCAAGUUUCCUGGGACCAGUUCCAAGAUUGAACAUUUCAUCUGCAUCCUGAGCAAGUGCUUUGACUCACCCUGGACUACUCGAGCCAUCUCUGAAGUCUCUGGGGAGAACCAGGAGAAUGCAAGCCCAGAGAAGGGGUAUCGUAGGAGGAAAAGUAGUGCUCCCAGUGAGACGGCUGAGCUUGCCCCCUCACGGGGAUCAGUUGCAGAGAAGAAGGUUGCAGAGUCCUCCUCAGUUAGCCUGUUGGACAAAAAGGAAGGGGAGCAGGCCAAAGCUCUCUUUGAAAAGGUGAAGAAAUUCCGGCUCCAUGUUGAAAAAGGAGACAUCCUUUAUACCAUGUAUAUCCGCCAAACCAUCCUCAAAGUCUGCAAGUUUCUAGUCAUCACUGCCUACAAUGCAGCCCUAGUCCACAACAUCAGCUUCAUCGUUCCAUGCACUGUCAGGAUGGAGGACAUGACAGGCUAUGACAAUUUCUGCUGCAAUCACACCAAAGCCCACCUCUUCUCUAAGCUGGCCAUCUGCUAUAUCUGCUUCCUUGGCAUCUAUGGCAUGACCUGUCUCUACACGCUCUACUGGCUCUUUCAUCGGCCACUCAAAGAAUACUCCUUUCAAUUUGCACGUGAGGAGACCGGCAUCAGUGACAUCCCUGAUGUCAAGAAUGACUUUGCUUUCAUGCUUCACCUCAUCGACCAGUACGAUUCCCUCUAUUCCAAGCGCUUUGCUGUGUUCCUCUCUGAGGUCAGUGAGUUCAAACUCAAGCAGCUCAACCUCAGUCAUGAGUGGACAGUGGACAAACUGCGGCAGAAGCUGCAGAAGAACUCCAACGACCGGCUAGAGCUCCAUCUCUUUAUGCUACCCGGAUUGCCUGACACCACCUUUGAGCUGACUGAGUUGCAGUCCCUGAAGCUGGAGCUCCUCAAAGAUGUUACAUUCCCAGCCUCGGUGACUCAGCUGGUCAACCUCCAGGAGCUAGCAUUGAUCAACUGUCCUGUUAAACUGACUUUUACUUCUCUUAUGUUCUUCCGUGAACAGCUGAAGGUGAUGCUUGUGAAGUUUGAUGACAUAAAAGACAUACCAGUAUGGACCUACAACCUGAGAGGCUUGGAAGAGUUGUACAUAUCUGGACUCUUCAGUCUAGAGAUGGGCCGGGCGGGAACUCUGGAAAGCCUGCGUGAACUAAAAAACCUGAAGACCCUGACUCUGCAUAGCAACAUCUCAAAACUGCCACCCAGUGUGGCUGACCUCGCUGCCCAUCUGCAAAAGCUUAGGAUCCACAACGAUGGGACUAAGCUGGUGACCCUCAACAACCUCAAGAAGCUCUUCUCUGUGCAAGAAGUGCAGCUGAUAAACUGCAACCUGGAACGCAUCCCCCAUGCUGUCUUCAGCCUUGUGAACCUGCAGGAGUUGGACCUUAAGGAUAACCAGCUGCAUUCCAUUGAGGAGAUCAUCAGCUUCCAGCAUUGCCGCAAACUGGUAUGCCUCAAACUUUGGUACAACCACAUUAGCAGCAUCCCUGAACAUUUCCGCAAGCUCAAGGCCUUAGAGCAACUUGACCUAAGCCACAACCGCAUUGAGGUCCUCCCUUCCCAACUCUUUCUGUGUACUAGGCUGCACACUUUGGAUCUUUCCUAUAAUAACAUCCGGGUCAUCCCUCCUGGGAUGGGGGUUCUGCAGAGCCUUCAGUAUUUUGCGAUUUCUCACAACUCCUUAGAGGCACUGCCUAAUGAAAUCUUCUUCUGCAAGAAACUCCGGGUUCUCAAAGUAGGACAUAACAAACUUCAUCGUCUGUCUGACCGUGUGAGUUGGCUGCCUUCACUCUCCACGCUAGACUUGAAAGGGAACCCCCUUGAGACCCUGCCCCUGGAGAUUGGUCGAUGCCCAGUGCUCAAACGUAGUGGCCUGUUGGUGGAGGGCAAUCUUUAUGAGGCGUUGCCUUUAGAGAUUAGGGAGAAAAUGGAGGAGGAAUGAUAGGGAGCAUGAUAGUGGAGAAAGGGGUGCCCUCUCCUGUGAUGCCAGCACAGACAUGGAUUGAAAUGGGGAUCUGGCUGGAGUACCCAUCUCAGGCUGGAACCAGGGAGGGAACUGAAAACUUUCAAACUAUAAAGGGGUGGAGGAAUUGAAAACCCAGCAUUCAGGUGGAGCAAAGAUGCAACAAAGAACAAAAGCAGCAAGGGAUUCUUUAAAGAACAACUAUUUCUUUAAAAAAAUCAGAAUGGAUAAGUCACAGGAAUUCUCUCUGAGGGGAAAAACACAGCUGCACCUGACCAAAUCAUCAUUAUAGUUAUUUUUUAUACCUGUUAUGUACUCGUGUAUUUUUUGUGAAAUGUUCUGGGGUUUUGCAAGAUUGUUUUCUUCAGAUUGAUUCCUGUCUCCCUUUCUCCUCACCCCUCUGUUCAACUUCAGUUCUGCUUUAGUGCUGGAGCUGACCUUUCUGACCUUUCAGAUUCCUUCCCACUUUAACCAAGGGAGUAGAACCACGGCACCUAGGAUUCUCCUCAGAGCUCACUUCAUCUGCCCUUCUCUUCUCACAUCAUCUGAGUGGGCACCCAUGCAUGGAAGAGAGGAGGAAUACUACACUGUGAAACUCCUCCUCACCACCAUUGGUGAAAUUCCAUUUUCCCAUGGCGUUUUUUUAAAUCAUCUCUUCACAUCUUCCCAGUGCUGACUGAAGUGAUGGGAAGCUGCUUAUUCCCUCGUUCCAUAGCUACAAAUGUUCUUCCUAUCCAUUUUCUGUAAUCCAGGUACAUAAAUGCCUGUAGCCUAGCACAUGAAAAAUUCGUGGUUAGGAGAUGUGGUACGUCACCUUAUCCCCUUUCUUUCUGGUUGGCUCUACUGAUUUCCUAAAGAGCACAGGCAUGCUUCUAUUUUGUCCUUUGGUGUGUCAGCUCUCUAAUCUUAGUCUCACAACGCCCAAGCAAACUCUUUUCUGGCCUGUAGUAGCAUGAUUUUCUCUUCCACCUGUCUCUGAUCCCAGAGCUCUCUGGGGAGUAUAAAAAGAAUCAGAAAAGGGGCCCUGCUUUCUCAGAGGCAAAGCAUCCCAAAGCUAACCCCAGUAUCCUACCUGUUGGCAACAUGCCAGUUCAUAGCCAGUCAUUGUGAGUUUAGAAAUAGUUUACUGAAGACAGAAGAGAAGAGCUGAAAAGAAGAGAUGAACAGUUGCACGGUAAUAAGAAGCAAUAAUUCACAUGUUUAGCCAACACUAGCAAUUAACUGACGACGUACCAGCUUGUAAAGAGCUUGGGUAUUUCAUGAGCCUGGUAUGUGUCCAAGAUGAAAAAUGCUCAACUAGCUCACAGUCUUUGUGUGCGUGUACAUGUGUAAUGUUCCUAAUCCUUCUCCGUUGUUUGCUUGUAGGGUCUCUUAGACACCCCACCAUCAACUUCCAAACAGUUUGGUUCAGCUUGGCUUCUGCCAGAUUGAAUACAAAGGGAUAGCUGGAUAAUGGUUUCACCUUCCCUUUGUUGAGCACUAGUUGCUAAAGGGAGUGUCUCCAAUAAGGGUUAAGAGUAGUCACGUAAUUAUUAUUUUGGUUACUAAAGUUCUAAAUGCAGUGCAAUUAAGGCUGAAGGCCUGUGCACAUUUAACUCAGGAAUAAAUCCCACUGAACUCAAUUUGACUUGCGUUUUGAAUAAGCAUUCAUAGGAACAAAUUGAGAGGUGACAAGUGGAUUCGUACCAGAGAUGCCCCUAGCCUAUUCACCAGCAGUGCUUGGGCCUCUGUUGCUGGGCCUUGGUUCUGAUAGGAGCUAGCUGUGCCCUGAACUGUGGCAGCCAGCCAGAAAAUACUUCAGUCCUAGGAAUAGCACAAUAUGUCUUGUUCCCACAAACUCUUGUGAUUGGCAGAGGAAGAGGUGAGUAGGAAUGCACAGCAAUGGUUGGGAAGAAGAACCUGCUAUAUGAGUUUCUUGGGAAUAACAAACCAACACAGCCACAUUUUGGGAGUGCUUCCAAGGCCAGAAAAUUGGAAGAGGCUGCUCUGAAGCAGGGUAGUAUAACCGAGGCCUAAUAUACCAGAAAAAAAAUUGAUAGCAUGUAUAACACCAGUGAUAUUUAUGCCUAAUGAGAAUCUUGAUGUUUUACAUGAUCAAGAACCAAUGUAAUUAUUAGGUAGUUCAUGUAUUUGUUUUCCUGACAAAAAGAAAUAACAAUGAAAAAAUAAAAUAAAAGCACCAGCAGCAUCAAAAC